AUGUCUACUUCGAGCAUCAGAGCUCUAGAAUUCUAUAGCGGCAUUGGUGGUCUCCAUCUUGCUCUCGAGCGCAGCUCUGUCUCAGGAGAAGUCGUCCAGGCCUUUGAUUGGGAUCAAUUAGCCUGCUCAGUCUACAAUUCCAACCAUGAACCUAAACUAGCACGAAAGGUCGACAUCGCCACCCUCACGCCCGAUAUUUUGGCCGCGUAUGCUGCCGACCUCUGGCUCCUUUCACCAUCAUGCCAACCAUACACUGUGCUUAAUCCACAAGCGAAGGGAGCAGAUGAUCCGAGGGCGGAGUCGUUCCUCUGGAUCGUGAGGACUCUGUUGCCGGGGUUGAAGGAGAAGGGGCGUGAGCCUGGCUGGGUAUUAAUUGAGAAUGUCGCUGGCUUCGAGACAUCGAGCACGCGGCAGAUAUUGAUAGAAGUUAUGAAAAGCCUCGGGUACCACACCAUCGAGCUAUUGCUCACGCCACUUCAGUUUGGGAUACCGAACUCAAGGCUGAGGUAUUAUAUGCUGGCCAGGAAGACGCCAUUUAACAUUCCUCUUCCUCCAUCUUCCCGCCCCUCAGAUCCGACCUCGAAUGAAUGCGCCCUACCACCCGAAGACCGAGUGUGGCGUCAUAUCCCGGGUCGAGGUUAUGACUGGGUCGAUCCUCGGAACGGUCUCGAUGUUGAGAGUGUGGAGAAUAAUGUAGAUGAGAUCAGACGAUAUCUCGAUAGGUCCAAAGAGAGUAGGUGGAAGAAGGUUGUUGGUGAAGACGGGAAGGAAAGGUGGAUGCAUCCACAUAUGGUUUCGGACAGGGUAUUGGGGAAGUGGGGGAGGUUAUUUGACGUCGUGUUGCCUGAGGCGAGGAGGACAUGCUGUUUCACGAGAGUCCUCAUGGCGGCUAAGAUUGGUUUACGAGUGGCUAUUCCGCCUGGUUUUGUGGUGCGAUCCUCACUACAGCCGCGCCUCAUGGUCCUCAAGAUUAGCCGUUACACGCAGCUCGUGGAACGCGCAGGGUCCAUCCUGCAAGAAAAUGAAAGCCUCGACACCACAGCGACGUUCGAUAUAUUCCUGAAGGAUCAGCGGCAAGAUGACGCGUACGGUGGAAACGACGGCGCCGACGUACGUGUCGGCGAACGGUCCAAUGGGGUUGAGGUCCUCAAUCCGCUUCAGUUACGAUAUUUUUCUCCCUCCGAAUUGCUCCGACUGUUCUGCUUCGAGCGUGUGGCCAAUGACACGGAGGAGAAGACAGAAGAGGAGAAAGGAUUCGUAUGGCCCGAGGGUAUUUCUACGAAGAGUAAAUACAGGCUUAUAGGCAACUCCGUCAACGUCCUCGUAGUGUCUCGUCUUAUAGACUUUUUGUUUGCAUGA